AUGGCUUCUCCGAAACUUCAGACCAGCCCGACUCGGCUGUUCGUCGGUGACACCACGUACGGUCUGGCGCUAGUUCUCGUCGUGCUGUUGGUGUUCAUGAACAAGAAGAGUCGGCGGGCGCUGCGGUUCCCGCCUGGCCCGCCGGCCUGGCCGCUGGUCGGGCACCUGCCGCUUCUGGGCGGGCGGCCGCACGUCAGGUUCGCCGAGUGGAGCCGGCGGUACGGCCCGGUGCUGGGGGUAAGGCUCGGACCGCAACAGGUGGUCGUGCUGAACGGUUACGCCGCGGUGAGGGAGGCGCUGGUCACCAAGGCCGAGGUCUUCUCCUCCCGCCCGGACCUGUACCUCAUGCGCCUCUUCAGCAACGGCAAAGGAAUCGGCCUGGCACCUUACAGCGCCAAGUGGCGAGCCCAGCGCAGGGUGACGGACCGCGCGCUGAGGAACCUGGGAGUCGGCAAACUCAGCUUCGAGCCCAAGAUCAUGGAGGAGGUGGAAGAGUUCAUCUCAGCAGCGGCACGGUACGAGGGCGCGGCGUUCGACCCGAAGUACCACAUCGCGGUGGGCAUCCUCAACAUCAUCUGCCACCUGGUGUUCGGCAGGCGGUUCGAGCACGACGAUCCGCUGUUCGUCAGGUUGUACAACGCUUUGGAGGACAUCUCGCAUCACGGGGGGUCCGCGCAGCACCUCAACGUGUUUCCCGCCUUGCGUCACGUGCCGGGACUGAACGCAGGCGCAGUGCACACCGUUCGCGCGGUCAGGGAGGGCAGGGACUUCGUCCGCGAGAUGAUUGGUCAGCACAAGGCGACCUUUGACCCUGAGAACAUCCGGGACUACAUCGACGCCUACCUGCACCAGCUGCAGAAGGAGACGGAGGACGGAGAGAAGAAAAGCGCCACCUACCUCUCGGACGAGGAACUGGAGCAGAACGUGUUCGACCUCUUCAUCGCCGGAAGCGAGUCCACGGCCACAACCCUCCGAUGGGCGACUCUACUCCUCCUGGUUAACCCGGAAGUACAAGAGAGAGUUCAACAGGAGCUGGACGCCGUGCUAGGCCAGGGGCAGGCGUCGGUGCUGGACCGGACCUCCCUGCCCUACACCCAGGCAACCAUCCAGGAGAUCCUCCGCUACCGGCCGUCGGCAACCUUCAGCCUUCCGCACGCGACCACAGCCGACACCACGCUGCAGGGGUACGACAUCCCCGCCGGCACGCAGGUGCUGGUGAACGUGUACGGCAUGGGCAUGGACCCGGCGCUGUGGCAGCACCCAGGCACCUUCGACCCCACCAGGUUCCUGGACGGGGAGGGCAAGCUGUCGGUCCCGGAGCACUUCAAACCCUUCCUAGUCGGCCGCCGUGCGUGUAUCGGCUCGCAGCUAGCGAAGAUGCAGCUCCUGCUGUACAUCACCACCGUGCUCCAGCGCUUCUCCCUGCGGCUACCCGAGGGCGAGCCGCCGCCGAGCCUGGACGGCAGCCUGGGCGUCAUGCUGCAGUGUCCGUCCUUCCGGAUGUGCGCGGUGCCUCGGGCGGUGACGUCGUCAUGCUGA